AUGCUCUCUCAACAGGACCGUCCAUCUCACAACACCACACCUCCUACCGCCGCCGAACCAUCUGCUGCAGCCGCCACAGCCUCUUCUCCCACCCCUCGCCAGCGGCAGGAUCAGGUCCAACAGCCUCGUUCCGACGACAAACAAUCACGACGACAACCCGCCGUCGCUGAAGCCGCUGAAGCCUCUGUCGCCGCCGUCGCCUCGUCCUCCGCGACACCGUCGUCGUCAAAGUCUCCUGCCCCCCGAUCCGCGACAGCAAUGCCUCAAUACACCUCUCGCGAUGUUGGCGACCCGUCGCAGAUCAAGAAGAACAAGCAGUCGAUGGCCGACCUCAAGUUGAGACGGUUGACGGAACUUAACAACCGCCUGCGCGAGGAUCUUGAAAGGGAACGAAUUCCGGUCAGCAAUGCUUCUAAGAGCAUCAUUGCCUACUGCAAUAGCACGAGGGACUACAUGGUUCCAUCAGUUUGGGGCGCUGUCCCCCGCGGCGAAGACCCCUACGCACCACAACAAAGCGGCGGAUGCUGCGUGGUAAUGUAG